UUAAAAGACUUUUUAAAACAAUUAGUCGUCCUAGUACUGUUUAAUGGCGAAAGUUUGACGACAAAGAUAUAUAGAAGAGAUGAGUUAAAUUCAAUGGAAAUAAACUGGAUCACAGAGUCAAAAUUAUGGUUUCUGGACAAAGAUCACAAAUAUGUUGAAGGGAUAGUAAUAGCGAUUAACCGUUAUAUUGAUAUCACAGAAUGCCUAAUGAAAGUUUUCGGAAUGUCAACAUUAUACACCUUGACCCCCGACAAUAAUUUCGACAAAUUCCCCGACGAGGAUGUACAUCUAUUUGAAGUGGGUACAAUAUGUCGUCAAAGGCAUACAGCCAUUCAUAAUAAUGCAAUGACAAACGAGGAAAAGUCUCACCAUUCUGCAAACAUAUGUAAAACUCGGUUAGACUUUAUAAAAAGAAGAAACCAUCAGCGUGAACAAAGCCUUGAUAGAGUGAUCUCCAAUUUAAAACAAAAUUAUGGAGUUAAUACACAGAAUGGAGAUUUCGAAAGUACACAACUAUUAACAAAAUUUGCGACUAUCGUACUAAUAUUCAAUGGACGAGGUUUGAGGGCUGAAUCACGAAGAAGUUCUGAAUGGGUUGCUAACGAAAUUAAUAGUAUAACAAAAACAAAAUUUUGGUUCCUGGAUAAAGAAGAACAUACUUAUUGUGAAGGAAUAGUGGUAGCCACCUGCAGUUAUGAACAUGUUCUUGACGUGAGGAUGGCUUUAAGAAAAUCAGAAUGGAUGAGGCCUCAACAUGAUAAUUUUUGGCAGUUCCCCAAUCCGAAUGUAAACCCGUUUGAUGUCCUUAAAAAACUCAAUCAAAGAGAAGCCCUGAUUGACAUUGAAACGGUGGAAAAGUCAUCCAGGAAGCAAGUGCAAAGUCAGCUGCAAGUAGUAUCCGAAAGUCUUCAAAAGUGGAUUUGUACCUGGCUAAAAACUAAUGAUUUAAACUUUACAAAAAAGUUCCAUAUGGCUGAACUCAAAGACUCUGAAAUUAGUGAAAUGAGUAUUAGAGCUGACGCCCAGAAACUCACGGCGAUCGAGAAAUUAACACAAGGAGAAUUAAUACAUCGUUCUGCUAAUAGAGAACAUAGUGAACAAAACACUGUGACUACCUUCAUUAAGCAGAAUACAUUUGAGAAUCGGGGGAUAAAAAGGCCCGCAGCAGUUGAGGCAAGCAUCGUUUCAACGAAGAAAAACAUAAUGGAAAGACUACAAGUCGAAACUACGCAAAAUAGAGAAGAAAUUAAGAAAACUGCAACAAGUCACUCAAAAAUAAAUAACUACGCUACAAAUCCAGAGAGACCCGUGACAGCAGAAUUUUCCGUCGUAGUAGUUUUUAAUGGCAAUCGGUUGGAAGUACAGAUAUGGACUAAAGCACAUUUAAAUUAUAAGGGGGUUAAAUGGAUCACGGAAACAAAAUUUUGGUGCCUAAAUAGUGAAUACUUUUAUCAGGAGGGGAUAGUGGUAGCUCAGACCGAAAAUGAAAAUAAUAUUGACUUGAGAAUAGGCUUAGAGGAGACAAAAUGGAUAAUGCCUAAUAUUAAUUUUGACACAUUCCCGGAUAAGAGAGUUCCUCAAGAAGAUGUGCGUAAACAAAGUGAUAAAUACCGACUUGAAGUUUAUAAAAAUGUACAGUUUUUCACUUUUGAGAGGCAAUGUAAAAAUUCUAAAAUAUCUGAAGGUAUUAAGUACUUCGAAGAAUUGAUAGACAAGAGGGAUAAUCAGCAAGAGGAGUGUGCAACAGCGACACAAAAAAAAACGAGUGAAAACCUUGGAGUUAAAGAAUUACUAACAAAUUUUGCUACGAUUGUAAUAUUAUAUAACGGUAAAUCUUGUACGUCGAGAAUCUGGUCAAAAAAAUUUUGUCUGUCCAAGAGCAUGCAGGUGCUUACAGACACAAAAUUUUGGUUCUUGGAUAACAAUACUUUUGAUUAUUUUGAAGGAAUAGUUGUUGCAAAAAGCGAUAAUGAAGCCUCUCUAGAUUUAAGGUUGGCUUUAAAAAAAACUAAAUGGAUAAAUCCUAAUGAUGACUUUCAUCAGUUUCCAGAUACGAAUUUGGACCCCUUUCAAGUACUUUAUAAACUACGGAAGAUGCGAGACAAUAAUUAUAAAAUUAGUGAAGGAUCAUUCAUUAGUCGGAUGGACCUAAUAUCAGAACGCAUAGUGGAAUGGGAACGCAUUUAUUGUCAAAUGCCCCCUAAGAUUAACCACGUCUCUGCUAUAGGACUCUCAAAUCAGAAUCAGUUAUUGAAAAAUCUUACAAAAGUAUCUAAUAAGCCAACUACGCUAAAUGAUACCAAAAAUAAUCUAUCCCCUCUGUCAGAAAAGGAUAAAAGUGCCUAUGAGCAUCGGACUGCAGCGGUUGAGAAAUCAACACAAGAAGCAUUAAUACAACGUUCUACAACAACACAGCCAUCCAUCAAUAAUAAAGAAAAAAGUGAACAAAAUACUAUUACUACAUUGAUUAAGAACGCAUUGGAACGACGGGAGGUUAAAAGGCCCAUUGCAGUUGCGGUGAACGUAGUUUCACAGAAAAAAAUAAAAACAAACGUCGAAAUUCCACAAAAUAGAGAACAAUUUAAACCAAUUGCUCUUAAGUAUAAAAACCUAGAAGCCGUUGAGCCGACAACAGAACUUGCCGUCGUUGUAUUUUUAUUUUAUGGCAAAUUCCAUUCAGUCAAAUUGUACAGAGAAACUGAUUGGCAUGACGAAGACAUAAGCUGGAUCACACAGAACAAAUUUUGGCUUCUGGACAAAGAAAGUCACCUGUAUUGUGAAGGAAUUGUUGUAGGAAAGUGCGACAAAAUUGAUGCUCCUAUAUUAAAAACAGCUGUAGAAGAUUCAGCAAAGACUCAUAUUAAACGUAAUUUCCAAAUAUUUCCGGAUGAGAACUUAAAGGCUGCAAAUGUGAUUGAUGCAUACAAUCACAGAAGAGUCACCAUUGACAGUGAGAUGAGUGAAGAUUCUACCGUGAAAGCCGAAACUUUACGAACAAUACUUUUAAAUUAUGAAAAGUGGAUUUUGAUCUGGGGCAAGCAAUACGGCUUAGACCCAAAUCAUUCAGAACCUCCGGAUCUUUCUAUUACUACGGAAUCUCCAAAGAGCAGUGAUGAGAAACAAACAAGCGAAACUCUUGAAAUAUCGAAUAUUCAUCACCAAUCUGAGGAAAGUGAUCAGAAAAGACGAGUGACGCGAGCAGCAGUGCGUGCGUUAAAAGAUGGACGUUCAUUAUCUCCACAGGCGUCAUCGUCACACGGCGCAAAUACUGUCUUACUUAGUAUGUCCGCACGCCGGCCUCGAACAAGGCCUUCGAGAAGCAGACAUCAAACAAGUGCUUUGAGAAGCAGGCCUCGAACAAGACUGAGACGCAACAAACGUGAAGUCAAUUUACAAUCAGAAGGCUUCAUUUGCAACAGAAAACUCACAAAAUGGCAAUUUCUGCAAAACAUCGGACUUAUUCAAUCGUACCGUUCUUAAUUUGGCUCUGAUAUGCGGUGCGAGAAAUAUGCAAGUUUCGUUAAACUGCCGGCUACUAGAUUCAGCCAAGUAUUUUAUUGUAGUAAACAUAUGCGGAGGCAUAAUUAUGCGUUACAAAAAAAAGUAAUUUAGUUCGAAAUUCGCCAAUCUAAGAGCUAUAUGAUAUAUUUUUGAAUAAGAUGUGUGUUUUUACACUUGGCAGUACAACUUACUGAACUUUGACGAUUGAUCAAAUACCGCAACGCGUUUCGCUACGUUACAGAAUAUUACGUAACGAAACUCACACAAGGAUUCUUGCUGUUGUUUUAUUAAGUAUGGCAUAUUUAUAUUGUAAUUCGAUUAUCAAAGCGAUGAAAUCAUUAAGAUAUUUCUAAGUAUAUUUUAAGAAUUUUUACUGUACCAGUAGCAGCGCGUAGCACUAAUGCGUCAAUCCUGAUGGAAAACUGGACGGAAUAAAUAAAUAAAAAAUAUUAUUUCGUCUCUAGAACAACACUUAACUCUGUUUCAAUAAGGUAGGAUAUUAAAAAUAAAUCAGAUCUCGCAAAAUACCGAGAUCUUGCGAUGUUGGACCUCUAGAAUCUUGCAAAUACCGAGAUCAUGUUGCAAGAUUGCAGUCCCCAAAGGACAUUAGGUAUAUCUAUGCCUGUUAUUAGUUUAUAUAGCUUUUUAAAACAAACGAAAUAAAGCAUAAACAAGUUUUGUAGGAAACAAUUAUCUCGCUGUAUCUUUUAACUAUAUUAUCUGAAGCUACACUACUGGUAGAGAUAUUCAUUAUCCUAUUGUAAGUACAAAGUUUAGAGCAGUCUAGCCAGUCGUUUUAAAAUGAGAGCGUUUGUAUGGAGAACCGUCCUGCGGACUCUUAAGAAUUAUUGUGAUAAACACAAUUAUUAUUCACAAUAGGGUUGUUUCCAAUUUUUCGAAACGCUUGUAUCACGUUCUAUAUUAACUAAAAGUUGCCCUAAAAUUUAACUGUUAUACUAAAAACGGCUUUAAAUAUGUUAAUUUAACAAAAUAUAUUUUGACAGAUGCUUUCGCGCCCAAAACGCUCUUUGAAAAUUGUGUGACGUCACAGUUUACGGUUUGACACAUAACUACAUACACACGUAGAAGAUACGAACUGUCAACUGACAUUUGUCAUUUGUUGUUUAUCGCUUAACUGUCAACAGUGUCAAUCCGAGAGUUGUGACGUCAUCAGAAUCUUCCAAUAACGUUUCUAAGUUGGUCACGUGACGUGUGCCAAAAGAUAUUUUAAAUUCAAUAUUUGCAAAAAUAUGGUCAUUACAGUAUAGUACAUUACGAUACAAGUGCGAAAAAUAGGAAAUUAGAAACGAGUGGCGAUAAAUUAAAACACGACCGAAGGGAGUGUUUUAAAUCGACACGAGUUGCGAAUUACCUAUUCGCACAUGUAUCGUACAACGUUUUACAGUACAUAUUAUGGCCCUUUAAAUGUUCGACACAGUAACGUAAUAUAUUCUCGCACUAGUGCUAUAAAGUAGCCCCAUAUGUACUGUAAAAAGUAGUUUAACAUGUUCUUAUAAUCCAAAAGAAUUUAUUGGGAUACAAUUCUACCCUGAGAUUUGUAGAUGGAAACAACCCUAUUAGGUCAACCUUGACCUGCUAUAUAUAACAUAUGGUUUGUCGCGAAAUAUUUACAGAAGUACCUAUGUACUAUGUAAGAGAUUUGAGGAUUUUUUUGAUAUUUAUGAAUGUAUUUGUAUAAUGAGUUAAUGUCCUUUAAAUAAUGUUACCAUAUAACGAUUUCUUCGUUUAAGCCACAAAUAGGUUAGUCAUGUCAGUUGAAAGCCGAGCACCUAAUAGAAUAAAGGAUGAUACACGCUAGAAAGGCCCAGGUCCGGGCCACGGCGUCCGACACUUUAUUUUCUUUAAUAGGGAAGAAUAGCUUUGCGAUCCUAACGAAAUAACGGUACUUUUUGUAUGUAAUUUCCCGCCUCUAACUUUUGAAUUUGGACAUAGGUCCAAAAAAUAUGAAAAAAAUCGUGGAAGUAGAGCUUAAGAAAGACAUUAAAUGAAAACUAUAGCGGACAUGGCCAGUUUAGCUGUUUUUGAGUUAUCGCAAAAAAAAUCUCCUUCAUAGUAAAAAGACGUAGACGUAAUCCACAGUUAAACGUUAUUACUACAUUAUAUGGGUUUUUAAACUUAUUUGGCAUUAUUCAUGUAACAAUUUGCUUGUUUUACUCAUUCUAUUUUUAUUUAAUAUUUAAUUUGUCUAACAGUUUCAUUGGCUGUAUGAAUAAAGCCGUUCGUUGACUAUUGGCAGUUUUAGAACGAGAGAGUAAAAAUUAUAAAAUGUGAGAGGCAAUCCCGCUUUAAUGAACCAAAUCACUUUAAAAUGACUGCAGGUUGCUAAAAUAUGUGUUUUAUUCAUCUAUAUAGAAAUCUAAAUGUUUUUCGCUAUGAGAUAUGUAUCUUUAGACAUGCAAAGUCUCCGAUUGCAAGUAAGUUUGUUACUUUAAUUAUAUAGGUCCUUAUUAUGCAAAUUUGCCUAUUUGUUUAACUCGGGUGAAAGGUACCGUUUCAUCCCUUGGUUAACAAUCUACUAUAAUUUAAGCUCCAGUUUAGCUUAUUGUGACGGAAGAGUAACUACGGAACCCUACACUGAGCGUGGCCCGACAUGCUCUUGAAGAUUUUAUUUACCUUUUCUUUUACCCUUUCGUAGUUCGUACCUUGAUCCUUGAUUGUACCGCCACCCAGGUCAAAAACUCUUGGCAGAAACCUAACCUACAUCGUUAGCUAUUACAUUUUACUGCACUGCCAUAUUUUAUAUAAAAUGUUUGCUAUUAUCUAGUUUUAUAUUAUAUUUCAUACCUAAUAAUUAAAUACAUUUUAUUAUUAAGAAUGGAGGUUAUUUUGUGACAUGUUUUCUCCUCCAGAUUUUAUAUUAACCAAAGAUAAUGUUGUUUGUUGUUGUUGUCGUCAUGAUGUAUUUUUGUACUUAAAUAAUAAAGACUAAACUUUAAUUUUUAGUUUUAUUUUUAAUGUUAAAUUAUACAUAAUAAUCAGCAAUCAGUAACAGUAAUGAUCAAACGAAGGUUUGGCGGUU